AAGGCGGAAUUUCUCAUGGCUGUGGCGGGAAACGUGGUCGGCCUGGGCAACGUGUGGAGGUUUCCUUACCUCUGCUACAAGAACGGAGGAGGUGCAUUCUUGGUGCCAUAUCUGGUAUUUGUGGUGACGUGUGGCGUGCCGCUCUUCCUGCUGGAGACGGUCAUGGGUCAGUACACCCAGGAGGGGGGCGUCACCAGCUGGAGGAAGCUUUGCCCGCUCGCAGAAGGUAUCGGCUACGGGGGGCAGUUGAUCCUCUUCUACACCUGCAUGACAUACAUCAUCAUCCUGUCCUGGGCGCUGCUCUACCUGGCGUUCUCCUUCAGCUCCCAGCUCCCCUGGGCCAGCUGCAACAACUACUGGAACACAGAUGACUGCGAAGACUUUUCAAGCAAAAACGCCUCCCUUCAGUGGAUCAACCAGACAAACUCCACAUCUGCAGCCACAGAAUUCUGGGAACGGCGAGUCCUGGCCAUCUCAGGAGGGAUCGAGGAGUUAGGCAGCAUCCGCUGGGAGAUCUUGUUGUGUUUGAUUGUCAUGUGGGUCAUCUGCUACUUCUGUAUCUGGAAAGGGGUCAAGUCAACAGGGAAGGUUGUAUAUUUCACUGCCACCUUUCCCUACUUGAUGUUGAUCAUCCUGUUGAUUCGUGGCCUCUCUCUUCCUGGUGCUCAAGAAGGAGUCAUGUUUUAUCUUCUUCCUGAAGUUUCACGACUCACAGACCCUCAGGUGUGGAUGGAUGCCGGGGCUCAGAUUUUCUUCUCAUACAGUGUUGGCGUGGGUUCCUUGAUUGUGCUUGGCAGCUACAAUAAAUACAACAACAACUGCUAUAAAGACUGUCUGUGUCUGUGCCUCCUGAACAGUGGAACCAGUGUUGUUGCAGGAUUUGCAGUUUUCUCUGUCCUGGGAUUCAUGGCCCACAAGCACGGUGUUCCCAUUGCAGAGGUGGCAGAGUCAGGUCCAGGCCUGGCAUUUAUUGCUUACCCUCAGGCGGUGGCCAUGAUGCCUCUGCCUCAACUGUGGUCCAUCUGUUUCUUCGUCAUGCUCAUUCUCUUGGGUCUGGACACACAAUUCAUUGCCAUGGAGGUGGUGAUGACGUCCAUCAUCGACAUGUUCCCCAAAGUGAUGCGCAGGCCGGGCCGACGGGAGCAGUUCCUCCUCCUCUUCUGCUUGCUGUGCUUCUUCUGUCAGCUUGUCAUGAUCACCGAAGGCGGCAUGUACAUAUUCCAGAUGUUUGACUAUUACGCUUGUAACGGAGCCUGCAUCCUCUUCCUCUGUGUGUUUGAAACCUUGGCUAUUGGGUGGAUAUUCGGGGCAGAUCGUUUGGUGGACAUCAUAAAGGACAUGGCAGGUGUGAGAGCCAGCCCGUUCUUCAAAAUCUGCUGGCGUUACAUCACGCCGCUGAUUUCACUGGGCACUUUUAUAUGUUCUUUAGUGAAGUACCAGCCUCUGACCUUUAACCGGUGGUACGUGUACCCAGAGUGGGCGUACGUGCUGGGCUGGGUAUUCUCCCUCUCCUCCAUCCUUCUUGUACCUGGUUGGAUACUAUAUAAGAUGGCUACUGGAACCGGGACCCUCGGUCAGCGAUUCCGCCGCCUGUGCAUGUCUGAUCUUGGAGAUUCACCCACCCGAAAGAGAGAAAAUGUGCUGCAGGACACUGAAGGGGAGGAAAUGCAGCCGUUCACUGCCAGCUCAAAGGAAGUCAACGGAACUCUGUGA